UGAAUCAUGAUUGGUACAUGCUUGCUUGCGAAGCAGUGGGAAGUUCAUAAAAGACAGCUCUCUCUCUCAGUAAGGAUUAUCUAGAUGGUGUAAAGCAUAACUUUGCACCAUAAAGACAAAAUGAUCUUUCUUCUAGUCUUUGUGGCUUUUGUUCAUCUUGCAGUGGAGGCACAGAAACCAAUAUGUCUCAUCACUGCCCCGAAUAUCAUUCAUGUGGGAGUAGAGGAGACACUGAGUGUGCAACUGCAUGGAGCCACUAAAAGUGUCAGAUUAAAUCUGUAUUUCCAAGAUAAUCUUAAAAACAUACAGCUAUGUGACUCAAAAACCGUGAUCUUAAAUGAGGAAAACCAAUAUCAAGCUGUGGUGACACUAAAGGUUGAUCCAGUUAAAUUUCGCAGUCUCAAAAAUCAGAAUGAACCAUAUGUCAGCCUUGUUGCUGAGAGCAGUGAGGUGUUUGGAAAGAAAAAAGUGGUCCAUAUCCUUUUGUCAUCCAGAAGGGGUUACAUUUUCAUCCAAACUGACAAGACCAUCUACAAUCCAGGAGAACAGGUGAACUACAGACUCUUUACUCUAGAUAACUACUUGCUUCCUGUAAGCGAAGCAGUUAAUGUCCAGAUAUUUAACUCCAAAGACCUGCUGUUGUCCAAUCGUAUUCUGAACAGCUCUGAAAUCCUGCAGAAGACUUUCACUAUUCCUGAUGUGGGAUUAGCAGGCCACUGGAAAAUCAAAGCCUCCUUUCAUAACUAUCCAAAGUCCAGCACUUCAGUGGAGUUUGAGGUUCGAGAGUAUGUUCUGCCCACGUUUGAGGUCAAGAUCAUGGCAGCAAAACAAUACCUCUCUCUGAACAAUGAAAAUUUUCAAUUCAGUAUCUCAGCCAGAUACACCUAUGGGAAGAGCGUCAAUGGGGUGGCAUAUGUGCGUUUUGGACUGAUUGACAGUAAAGGAGAGAAGAUUUAUCUUCCUGGCACAGAAAAACAGAUUCAAGUUGAGAAUGGCCAUGUGGACAUCACAAUCCAGACUAAUGAAUUACAGACUGCAGCAGCCAAUCAGGGCCUAGCGCACAUAACAAACCUGUACCUGUACAUCGCUGCUACUGUUCUGGAAAAAGCAAGUGGAGAUCUACAGGAAACAGAGAGCUCCUCUGUGAAGAUUGUGAACUCUCCAUAUGUCAUUGAUUUGUCAAGGACAAAGGAGUAUUUUUCUCCUGGGGGCAUUUUCUCUAUUCUGGGCACCACCAGCUUCCCAGACGGUUCCAGAGUCCCUCGUUUGAAAAUAAAGGCCAUUGUGACUAUAGAUGGAGUGACUCAGAAUAAAGAGGGUACUGGGGAUGAUAGUGGAAACAUAGUUAUCACACUCCAAGUCCCACAGCAGGCUAAGCAAAUCUCUAUAACGGUGCAAGCACAGGGAGAAGAUGAGCAAGACAUCGUCAGUGACACAAAAAUAACAUCCAAAGCGAUCAGCAAUAAUGAAGGCAACUAUCUGAGUGUGGAGGUGCAGCAUCAGAUCCUCAACCCUGGACAAAGCCUGCCAGUUAUAUUCAGGGACAUCACAAGUGCUGAAAGACCAUCACAUAUCUAUUACCUGGUUGUGAGUAAGGGCAGAGUGGUGAAGGCAAGCAGAGUGCAGAGGACUGAUCUGACCUCCAUAAACCUGCCUUUCUCUGUGGAUAUGGUGCCCGCGUUCCGCCUGGUGGCCUACUAUCACACAAGAGCUGGCAAUAUAGUGGCUGACUCGGUGUGGGUGGAUGUGAAAGAUGUGUGCAAAGGAAAGGUCGAAAUCGUUCCUUUUAGUGACCAGAAACCUGGAGAUCAUUUCGAGGUGUCAGUCAGGACUGAUUCAGACAGCAAGGUGGCGCUGAGCGCAGUGGAUUCAGCUGUGUACAUCCUCAAUAAAAAGGGCAAACUGAGUCCUCAAAAGAUGUUCGAGUACAUGAACUCGUAUGAUCUGGGCUGCUCUGUAGGAGGAGGAGAAAACUCCAAGUCGGUCCUGGAAUCCGCAGGACUCACGUUCCUCUGUAACUGUGAAUCAGACGUUAUAACUGCAGCGCAUAAAUGCUACAAAGAGCGUCACAGACACAAGAGAGACCUCGGCACACUGGUUAACAAAUACAAGAAUGCCGACAGGAAGUGUUGUGAAGAUGGACUGAAGAAAGGACUAUCGUUAAAGUCAUGUGAUAUGAGGCUGAAAUACACAGCGCAUCAGCAAAAGAGCUGCAGGGAAGCUUUCAAAAAGUGCUGCGAGGCUGGAGUGGCUAAGAGGAAGAAGGACCGACUGACCAAAAUGAGAAGCACCUUAGGAAGAACAUUAACUGCAGAGGAUGAGUUCGAUGAAGUCUCGGUUUACCUCCGCAGUUUCUUUCCUCAGUCAUGGAUGUGGGAGAUUGUAAAAGCGGACGCCUCGGGUAACAUCAGGCAUUCUGCAAUUGCUCCUGACUCCAUCACCACAUGGGAGGUUCAAGCUGUGGCUAUUUCCCCAACAAAAGGAUUUUGCAUAGCAGACCCACAGCCACUGAAGGUCUUCCAGAACUUUUUCAUAUCGCUUAAACUGCCACAUUCGGUAAAGAGGUACGAGCAGCUCGAGGUGAAAGCCGUCAUGUUCAACUACAUGCAGCAGAGUUUAGAGGUCACAGUGAAGAUGAAGCGGGAGGCGGGGCUGUGCACUGCAGGGGCAGGAGAUGUGGUGCAGAAGAUCACGGUGGAGCCCCAGUCUGCCACGGCCGUGUAUUUCUCAGUAGUACCUCUGAUCAUCGGGAACAUCCCUAUCAGCAUUCUAGCUUAUGCCUCACUCGACAUCCACGAUAAGAUAGAGAAAGAACUGAAAGUUGUGGGAGAGGGUGAGAUCGUCUACAUACAAAAGGAAUACAACAUCGACUCAAAGACUGAAAAUAAGCUGGAAUUUGAAAUUCCAGCCCCUGAGGAUGAGGUCCCGGACCAGGAAUCAAGCACACACAUGAGUUUUAAAGGUGGUGUAAUGGGAGAAUCAGUGGAUAACUGCCUAAACCUGGAAGGAGUGAACAACUUGAUCAGUCUGCCUACCGGCUGUGCAGAACAGACCAUGGUGACGAUGUCUCCUGCCAUUAACGCCAUGAGCUAUUUGGAUGCCACCAACCAGUGGCUCUCACUGAAAGCAGAGCGACGAGAGGAGGCUCGACGCAUGAUCCAAGCUGGUUACACCCGGGUCCUCUCGUACAAGAAAAAUGAUGGAUCCUAUGGAGCUUUUCUGAAAACACCCAGCAGCAUUUGGUUGACUGCCUUCAUUGCUAAGGAGUUGUCAAGAUCGCGGGAGAUUAUCGACGUUACAGAUGCAUACAUCAAGGAGGCCGUGUCCUAUCUCAUAUCCAAACAGAAAGCUGAUGGAUCAUGGAAUGACCCAAAUCCUCUCUAUGACAAAGGAAUGAAGGGUGGAGUUGGAAAGUCUGCGGAUGAUGUGCCCUUGACUGCAUAUGUCCUCAUAUCCUUGUAUAACACUGAGCCUGUGUACGAAUUUGGGACAGACACAGAACUGAGAGUGGCUAUUAUGAAAGCAAGGUCUUAUCUCCUUUCAAAGUACGAAGCACAACGAAACCCCUAUGCUGUUGCCAUUACAGCGUACGCUCUGUCUAUAAAAAACCACCAAAGCCCAAAUGCAAUACCCACUCACAGGAAGCUGAUGGACAUGGCCUUGUGCGAGAACAACCGAUGCUUCUGGGACGUCAAUGGGAAAGUAGGGAGUUUGGAGAAGAAAGCGGAUGCCAUUUCAAUAGAAGCCACAUCGUACGCUUUGCUUGAGGCCUUGAUCAUGCAGGACAAAAAGAAAGCUCAGCACAUCGCCGCCUGGCUCACUAAUCAACGCGAAUAUGGUGGAGGAUUCCAGUCUACACAGGAUACAGUCAUAGCCCUUGAGGCUCUGACCAAGUUUAGCAUACAGAACAAUGACGUGGAAGACCUGGACCUGAGAGUGGAAAUAUGUGUGAAUGACAAGGACACGAGGACUCUGUAUUUAAACAAGCAAACUGCACUGACCCAAACAGCUAUCCACUACAAAGAAGUGGGCAAAGUAGUCGUGAAUGUAAGGGGACGAGGAAAAGGAACCUUAUCGGUUAGCCAGACAUACAGAUCUCUGAAAAAGGAUGAGUCUUUCUGUGAUCUCUUCGGUCUCACUGUUAAAGUGGAAGGGGAACUCGUCGUCUUACCUGACGAAAACGAAGGGGAGAAUUUGGAGGAUUACUAUAACUAUGAAUACGACCUGGUGAGAGACGAACCCAUGAGCAAACAGGACUGGUUAGAUCUGCGCACCCGCAGGAGGAGACAAGCUCCAGAGGAACCAAAGAAAGAAAACACACUGUUUUAUACAGUGUGUGUGAGCAAGAAACAAGGAAAUUCCACUGGUAUGGUCCUGGUGGACAUCUCACUCCUGACUGGGCUCACACCAAACAUCCAAGAUCUGGAAGAUAAUGUGAAGGGCACGGAGAAAUACAUUGACCAUUAUGAUUUUCACAACAACAAAGUCUUUCUUUACUUCAAUGAGCUCACUGAUGAAGAGACGUGUGUUCGGUUCCGUGCAGAGCAGGUCAUUCCCAUAGGACUCGUCCAGCCUGCAGCGGCGGUCAUCUAUGAUUAUUACAGUCCAGAUAGAAGGUGUUCGGUGUUCUAUACGGUGCCGAAGAACAAUCCCAUGCUCACUAAGCUGUGUGAGGGAGAUGUGUGCACAUGUGCUGAGGGUGGCUGCCCACGGCUGAAAGUCACCUUCAGUCAGAACAUGUUGGCGGACACGAGGUCUAGGUAUGCUUGUUAUUCGCCUAGUGUUGAUUAUGUUUAUACUGCCAAGAUGCUCAGCUUCAGCAACGAUGGGGUGUUUUUGUCUUAUUCCAUGUCAAUCACCCAGGUCCUUCAGACAGGUAAGGACUUGGCUAUCCAGAAAGAUGCCGUGAGGGAAAUGCUCCAGCGUUUAUCGUGUAAUGAGAUGGAGCUAAAAGUCGAUGCAGAAUAUCUGAUUAUGGGGAAGGACAACAGUCUGUUCAUAGGGAACGCAGAGACACGGUACAUACUGGAUAAUAAGAUGUGGAUCGAGGAGAUUCCUCUGGAAAGGAAGUGCAAGGCGACCAAGAACAAAAUGGCUUGUCAGCUUCUUGAAUCCUUCAUAGAAUCGUAUGCUCUAAAGCAGUGCUUAGUUUAGUGGAUUCACACGAGGAGACACAGAAAGCAUCAAAGCCACGACACAUAGCUCAGUAAAUUGUGUGCUUUUAUUUUCAGUGCAUAUGACCAAGAAAAAUUAGGGUUUGUGGAACAGCAGAGGUGGAACUGCAGAAGAAAGUCAUGUUGCAGAUAAGCUUGAGCUUGCUUCUCUUAAAAAGGUAAUCAUGAGACUACAGCUGCUGGAAUGAACAGGAAUGAAAUGUUAUAACCUAACAAUCAUUGUGCUUCGGUGUUUGGCAUAAUGAUGUUUGGCUCUGUGAUUGUGAUUGAUUAUUUGAAUAAUUCUGUAACCACUCUGUUAUGACUGAUGUGGAAAUGUCAAAGGUGUAGCAUUAACCGGUAGGACUGGGAGUAGGAUAUAUCUGAGGAAUGGUUUUAAUGUUUAAUACACAGCACAGGAACAGUUCGAUGCAAUAGAGCUGAAACUGAACACUGCAGUAUAACAUAUCACAAAUAAAGAAGUUUCAAAAAAAAAAAAAAAAAAAA